UAGCUAUCAGAACCAUGUUAGUACUGAAACCCGCAAUUUGCGUAAUGAAAAACAGCAUGAGAUGUAAGACAGCCCGAAUGAAUAAAUGAUUUACAAUAUCAACGUGUCUUAGAAAUAAACUAAUUCAAUGAGAAUAAUCACGUGUAUUAUAAAAAUUUAACAGUCAUGGAUAUUGACAAUAAAAAUGAGGGAUUUUCCUUUGGUUUUACUACUGCCAGUGGCAGUGCUAUUAAUGUUUCUGAGAAAGCUUUAUUAAAAGCAAAGAACUUGUUUAUAGAAGAAUUGAAAGAAACAAGCAGUCAUGAAGAAGUUAGUAAAGUUGAAACAAAUAUUAAUGAGUCUCAUGUACAGUUAUCAAAUGUUGGAUUUCAAACAGCAAGUGGCAAAAGUAUUAACGUAACAAACGAAGCGUUAUUAAAAGCAGAAACAUUACUGUCAAGUGAAAUGACAGAAAAUGCACAAAAUAUCAGACCCUCAAUUAAUUACAAAACUGCCAGAUGUAAUUUAGAUACUAUUUUUGAUGAAGAUUUAGUAAAGGUAGAACAACAAUCUGAAAGUACAAUGAAAAAAGAAAGUAACAAAGAUAAUGCAUUUAUAAUAAAUAAUGGAUUUAAGACUGCAAGUGGUAAACGUUUGAAAGUAACAGAACAAGCAUUACAAAAAGCACAUGCAAUGCUUUCUGAAAGUAUUAUAGAAAGUACUGACAAUACGUGUUCAAAUGCUUUAAAAAUUGAUAAUGAUAAUUUACAUAACAUAAUGAAACAUAAAUCUUUAAGUACAAGAAUUACAGAGAAAUUCAAAGAAACAUGUGCAAGUGAGAAAGAUACUGUUAAACAUGAAUUACAAAAUAUUGAAUUUCAGACUGCAAGUGGACAAUCUAUAAAUGUCACAAAAGAAGCCUUAUUGAAAUCAAAUGCAUUAUUUUCUGAAGAUAUGAUGGAAGAUUUGGAAAAAUCACCUCCAUUAACUAAAUCACUACCUAAACGUAAAAUUAAAGAUGUAGAUAAUGAUGAGAUGUCUUUUAAUAAAGUGAAAUCAACUAAUCACUUUAAAAAAUUACGAUUUAGUAAUGAAUUUCAAGUUCAAACACCUAUUUGCAACAAUUCAAUUAAUGCAGAAGAAAAGGAAAAUCAAAAUGUGACAUCAGUACCAUCAAAAGUUUUAAUUUUAGAUUGUGAUGCCAAUAAGUCAAUAAAUAAUAAUCAAAUAACUGAAACAAAUGAAAAUAACAUUGAAGGAAACAAUAAAUCCCUUAAUUCUUUAAUUUCUCAUGAAAUUGAAGCUAGUACUGUUGCGCUCUUAGCUGAUGAAAAAGAUGCUUUUGAUGAAUGGGUUACUCCUGUAAAAAGCAAAGAAAGUGAAGAUACUUUAAAUGUACCAUCUAGUCCUGUAAUAGGAGGACAAUUUAUUCCUAAAAAACGAAAAAAUGUAAAUAAUAAAAGAAAAAGUACAAAUGCUGUAAAGAACAUGGAGAAUAAGCAUCUAUGUGCAAAUACCAUAAAUCAGUUAAAUGAUGAUUGUGUAAAUUCAAAUGACUUCAUAAAUAAGUGUACAAUAAAAAAGGAAGAAUCAAUGAAUAAAACAAAUACAUGUGAUAUUGCAGUUACCAAUGAAUUUAAUGAUACUCAAUUAAUGUUAGAAUUCAUAAAUCAGUCUGAAGAUAUUUUAGAAAAACGUUUUCAAGCUACUUUGGAACAAGAUAAACAAAUUAUUUUAAAGGAGAGAUGUAAACCUAAACCAAUGAUAGGGACAUUAUAUUUGUAUAGGAAAACCAAUAAUAAAAAUCGUUUAUCAUGGAAAGAAAUUAGUAAAGGAAAUAAACCAGUACUGUGUACAAGUAAAGAGCUUACAGAACGAAAAUUACCACUUGAAAUACUUGAUAUAACAGCUCAUAAUGCAAUAACAUUUAAAUUUCGAUGUACAGAUUUUUAUGGACAAGAUGUUGUACAAAAUAAUAUUGAAGGUAUAAAGUUAGAAGAUGGAGCUUACUUAAUUUUGGAUGAAAAUGGAUAUGUAGGAAUAACAGAGAUUAAAAGAUCUUUUCUGGCAAGUCCAGGUGUGGAUCCUAGUUUGCUUUGUGAUGGUUGGGUUGAAAACCAUUAUAAAUGGAUUGUAUGGAAAUUGGCGUCAAUGGAUAGAAUAAAGAUAGGGUCUAUUACUUUACCACGAGCAUUGACGCCUGCUAGAGUCAUGAUGGAAUUAAAAUACCGUUAUGAUCGAGAAAUUGAUAGAUCUCAAAGAUCGGCCAUAAGAAAAAUUUUAGAAAAAGACGAUGUUGCAUCAAAGAGAAUGGUUUUGUGUGUAGAAUCUAUUACUGGGCAUGAUGACUGUGCUAUUAUAAAUGGUUCUUUAUUAAAAGCGCCAAAAAAAGUAAUGGUAACAGAUGGUUGGUAUAGUAUUCAAGCUGACAUUGAUCACGCAAUGGUUACAAAUAUAAUAUCUGGAAAAGUAAAAGAAGGUACAAAAUUAGUAACAUAUGGAUCUGAGUUAUUAAACUGUGAACAAGGAUGUUCACCUUUGGAAGUUCCAAGUAAUGUCUGUUUAAAGCUACAUACAAAUUCAACUAGAAGAGCACGAUGGGAUACAAGAUUAGGAUACAUAGUACCUUCAGGACCUUUGUGCAUUAAAUUAAGAACUGUUAAUCCAAAUGGUGGACUAAUUGGCAAAAUUAAAGUUCUGAUUACAAGAGUAUAUCCAAUGUUAUAUCGUGAGAAAACUUCAACAGGGGAAUCCAUUACUCGUAAUGCAAGAUGCGAAGAAAAAGCGAAUAUCGCUUAUGAAAAAAAAUGUAGAUCAACCAUAGAAGCAUUUUAUGCUAAAGCAGAGAAAUGUUUUUCUAGUGGAGCUAAAAAACGUUCUUUAGAUGCAGAUAGUCCAGAUUUAGCAACAAUUGACUGGAGUGAAGAUUGUGGAAGAGAGGAAUUGGAACAAUUAAAAGAUAGGUACCGUGUAAAAGAAGAGCAAUUUAGACAAAAACUGGAAUCACAAUUACAAGAAAUUUUACCUGCUCCACGGCAAGUUACACCUCUAUUAAAAGUUCGAGUAUUUGAAGAAGAUACAAAUGCAGUUCUCACAAUCUGGUCACCUAGUGAAGAAAUUGUGGAUAUUUUAAAAGAAGGGAAUUUCAUAUCAGUUUGUAACAUCGUUCCUUUGGGAAAAAGAAAUAAUGAGCUUCAAUUAAGUGCAAGUCGGAGUACAGUAUUUAAACAAAUAAAUGUUUCUAACAUAUCUUAUCCUAAAAGAACAUAUACACCAUUGUGUGAUGUAAAUAAACCCACAUUUGCUCCAAUUUUCGGAGAACUCGAUACAGUAGGAAUUAUUGUCAGUAUUGGAAAUGAACCAUAUGGUAUGAAACAUUUUGAAGCUGUAUAUUUGGCAUAUCCGGAUGCAAAUUCUCAGUCGUCGUACAUAUCGAUAUUGUUUUGGCAUGGCAUAGACUCUCAUGGAUAUUCAGAAAUUUUGACAGUAGGAUCAUUUAUUGCUUGUAGUAAUUUAGAAUGGCGAAGAGCCACAAUGUGGAGAAUACCGAUGACGUAUUGUACGGAACGAAGUACAUUUACUCGUAAUCCUCGGCAAAAUUAUCUUCAACGACCGUUUGAAGAUUUGAAACAUUUGAUCAAGGAUACUAGUACAUAUAUAACAACAUGUGCUGAAGAAAUUUCAAAAGAAGUACAAAAGAAACCAGUGACAAGAAUGUCAGAUUCCCACAUACAAUAUAAAUCAAAUGAAAAUCUUAGUUUUGAUAAAAAGUAUAUUAAUGAUAUCUCUCAAGAACAUACAAGAUGUUUACUGAGUAACCAAUCAGGAAAGCCCAUUACGGUUCAAGAACGACUUGAAAAAUUAAAACAUUAUGGUGAACCAUCAAGUUUAUCUCCAAUUGUGCUGAAUAAUAGUUCCAAACGAGUAUUUUUAGAAUUUCAAUCACCCGUCCGAUCAACCGAUAAAGAACAAGCAAAAAGCCAUAGGUUAUCAAAUAAAAAAUUUACACAGGAUUCCAGAUGAUAAUAAAUAAUUUAACUUCUAAUUUAUUAAAUGUAUAUUAAGAUAUUAACUGUAUAUUAACUGUUUAUAUUUUGAGUAUAAUAAGAGUAUAUUCAUUUUUUAUUCGAAAUAAAUUGUAAGUUGUUAGAAAUUA